AUGCGGCUCGCAUUUAAUCUCGCCCUGCUUAUAGCAGUGGCAUAUACCCUACCGAUACCAGUUCUACCGCCCUCACCAUCACCACAAACAGACACGGUUGCACCUGUUGCAGCACCACCUGUGCCCAGCCCAGCGUCACCACCACCAGCUGGCGAGGCCAACCCACCAAUAACGCCUGCUGCUGUCCCUUCUGUGACCGGUCCUGUUACUGACCCUCAAGCUGACCAAGUCAAGACAGCGGUUAUGCCACCACCCGGCGAGAUGAAGACCGCCGUCAUGCCUCCAGACUAUGCUCCUCCGGCUGACCCUAGCAUAAAGCCUCAAACUGACGAGUCCAAGGCAGCAUCGGUGCCACUGCCAGCUAACAAUCAAGCCAGCACAACAUCAAAUCCCCCGGCCGGGGCUGUAGUUAACCCCAAUCCAGGACUUGAAGGUGCCAUGACACGAACAGUUGCCACACCGCCGGCCGCCGGAGCCGGCACGCCGCCAGUGACAGUGCCAGCAGUUGCUACUAACGUUAAGCUAACAGGGGCCCCGGAAAGCUCCAACUCUCCCGUGCAGUCGCCACCAUCACCUCCAUCAACGCCAUCUACGCCAUCAACGCCGUCUGACACCAAACCGACUGAGCCCGAAUCUCCGUCGCCAGCAGCCGUCCCCAACUCAGCCCAACCUGCAGUUGGUACCACUCCGCCAGCCUCGUCCCCCCCGGCUGAUACGUCACCCAACCCUGAUCCAGCCGCUGCUGCCCCUGCAGCAGGAUCCACUUCGCCAGUCUCAGGCCCUCAGGUCGACACGCCAGUAGCUCCCGUACCUGAUGCUGCGGCCCCAGCAGCGAAUGCUACAGCAACACCUGCUAGCACAGAUUCUGCGACAACAAGUGCUGCCAACUCGACUUCUCCUGCUCCUGGGGAGUCUAAAUCUGCAAAUGUCAGCCAAGCUCCCGCACCAGCGCCAGCUGGGGACUCUAAUCCUACUGCCGUUGAUGCCAGCACCCAGCCGGCAAACGGCGGAAACUCUGUAGCGACGCCAGUCGGACAGGACUCGACUCCCACUAACUCUGGCACUUCGGGGAAUGGCUCCAAGGAUGGAAAAGAUGAACCCGCGAAGGCUGACGCUGGCUCAUCUAACCCAACCGGGCCAACCUUGAACACGGAACCUGGCGCUGGUGCCGGCGCCAACGCAACCGCACCGGCCUCUGGUGACCCGGCGCCUGCAACAAGUGAACAACCUCCUGAGGGUAACGCAGUAAAACCAGAAGCUCCAACGAACGCAACCGCUCCUGCUGCGGCAGAUCUAGCGGCUACCAAGGACAGGCAGGACUCGAGCCAGGUGUCUGCUCCGCCGGCUGGACAGAAUGCGACCACGCCUGCCGGAGAUAGCAGUGCGCCUGCAGUAGGCAAAAAGCCUGAUAGCGAACCAGCAUCGCCAGCCGGCCAAGACGCGGGCACCCCUGCCACAACCAGUACUGCAUCCACUGCCGACGAAAAGCCAGAUAGCGAGCCUGCGCCGGUGUCCCCACCAGGCCAGAAUACGACGACGCCUGUCACAGGUGAUAGCACCCCAUCUGCCACAGACAGUACUGUACCUACUGCCGAUAAGAAGCCAGACAGCGGGCCUGCACCUGAACCAGCGUCCGCGCCUGGCCAAAACGCGACUUCUCUGCCCGGAGAUGGCACUCCACCCGCAACAGAUAAAAAGCCCGGCAGCGAGCCUGCUCCGGCUUCCCCGGCCUCCCAGGACGGCCAAAACGCAACCGCCCCCACAACGGACAGCACUUCAUCAACUGCCAAAUCAACUGCUGAUAACAAGCCAAAUAGUGAGGCUGUGCCUGUGCCUGAAAAAAAGCCGGAGAGCGAGCCGAUAACCACGACCACGCCUUCUGGAAACAGCACCGCGCCGGAAACAGACCCAAAGCUAGAUAGCAAGCCUGCACCGUCACCUCCGACUGGUCAAGAUGCGACCGCACCUGGCCUAGAUAGCACUGCAUCUACCGGCGACAAGAAGCUAAAUGAUGGGCCUGCGGCGUCUCCUGUGGAUAACAGCGUGACCACGCCUGCGACAAACAACACCGAAUCUGCAACAGAUAAAAAGCCAAACGGCGAGCCUGCAUCGGCGCCAACAACAGGCGAAAAUACAACUACGUCUUCAGGGAAUACUACUUCAUCUGCUACAGACAAAAAACCAGAGGUUAAAUCUGAACCGGAAUCGCCAACGGGGCAGAAUGCAACUGCGUCUACGGGGGAAAACACCGCAACCGAGGCAGAGAAGAAACCAGACAGCAAGCCCGAACCGGCAUCUGUGCCAGAUCAGGAUGGGACCAAGUCAGCAGGGAACAGCACAGCAUCUGCAACAGAUAGCAAGCCUGCCAGUAACCCUGAAUCCUCUGCCGAAAAGAACGGAAAUACCACGGACUCUACCGGAAAUAGCACAGCGCCUUCAAAUGGAACAGCGCCUGCUGAUGCAAACCCAAAGCCAACUAAUGCUACAUCGACCGAAAGCGGUUCAACAAACACGAUUCCCGUCCCAGUUCCGGCGAAUGGCGUGAACUCGACGGCCACGUCGGGAUCUGGAUCAAACGCCACCGCAACUUCAGGAGGACAGUUGUCCACUUCUGGAGGUGGCAACGCGACGAGCACAGGAACCGGCGCUGCCGACCUGAGUGGAGACAAGCCCGGUCCUUCCAGGAACGGGACGGCCACAGCAGGAUCUGAUGAUAAGAAACCCUCAGACGACAAGAAGGCAGAGGACGAAAAGAAGGCUGCCGAUAAGAAAGCAGAGGAUGAAAAGAAAGAAGCUGAAGACAAAGAUAAGCUGUGUAAGGAAAACAGGAAAUGGGGCAAGAACUGCCGCAGAAAAGGCCGCGGAAGGGGUCGUAAAGAGGAUAACAAAAAGGACGACAAGAAGGACGGCAAGAAGGAUGAUAAGAAGGACGGCAAGAAGGAUGAUAAGAAGGACGGCAAGAAGGAUGAUAAGAAGGACGGCAAGAAGGAUGAUAAGAAGGACAAAAAGAAGGAUGACAAGAAAGACGACAAGAAACCCGACCCCCAAGCUCCUCCGCCCAAGACGGGCGAGGAAUGGACAAUUGUCGACUUCACGCGCGACUGCGGCGCACAGAACUCGACAUGCAAGGUUUCAUUCUCGGUCGACCGCAAGGAUGGAUCCAAGCCCGAGGUUUGCAAGUACGAGCAAAAGGGUCCCGAGGGGGCCGUCCCCGAGCAAAAGUGCAGCGACACCUUCACUGUCGCCUCGCAGUGGAGUGGUCAAUUUGGCCCCGGCGAGGGCUUCUCCACCCUCUCGGUCAUCAUCAAGAACAAGAGUCUGAUUGUUUGGCCCGCAUACAAGGACUCCGAGAUUACACCUGGGAAGGCUGUGAAACCGGACAAGUCGUACCCGGUGCACAAGCUGCCUUAUUAG